AUGGACUACGCGCCCAUUGCGAACAGAUAUCUGGAACCGAAGACUUCAAUGGUUGAAGUGAGAUCAUUCUCGGGUGACUCAGAGGCAUAUCUCCCUGGUCAUGACAAUACGGCGGAUGACUCUCAAUAUGGAACUCCAGUUGUCGUUAAGACCAAGAAUGAAUUGGAAGCUUACGAGCUGGUUCCAUUCCGGCAAGCCAUGAAAGCUGGCCAAGAUGCUGUUAUGGCGGCUGAUAUAUCUCUAACCCGGUUAGAUAACACUUUUUAUAUAGUCGUCGACGACUUGCCCGCCAAUUUGAGUCCGAAUCUAAUAAGAAAUUCACGCGAAGAGAUGAAGUAUGGGAUUGACAAGAAAGAAGCAGUUAUGGCUUUGAAGGUCAUUGCUACAGAUAUGAUCACGAAUAUCAAUACUCAAAGCCCAUACAUCUAG